AGAGAACUCAUCCCAUCAGAGGGAUAUCUGAGCCUGUAUUGUUCCAUUAAAAAAAAAAAGUCUAUUUUGAUUUUGUUUGCAAAUUCCAUUUGUUUUCUUCUCAGAAAUUUGAAGAAAGUCAAGGAAGAACUAGCAGCAAAACAGCCUUUUAUCAAGCUCUGCAAAAUUCUCUUGGAGGAGAAGACUCCAACUCGUUCAUUGAAGAUGCAGCUACCUGGUAUUACUCCCUUGAACAUUCAGCUGAUGAUUAUUCAUCAUUUUCCAGGGCUUUGGAAAAUGCCACCCGUGACCAGUUUAUCACAUGUCCCAUCAUAAGCAUGGCCAAUCACUGGGCUGCUAACUCCAGAGGAAAUGUCUUCAUGUACCACGUGCCUGCAAGCUCCUCAGAGAGCAGUUCAGGUCUGGAGCUCUUGCUGGAUGUUCAAUAUGCAUUUGGACUGCCAUUCUACCCCAAGUAUGAAGACCAAUUUACCCUGGAAGAAAAGAGCCUUUCCUUACAAAUUAUGCAGUAUAUCUCCAAUUUUGUGAACUCUGGAAAUCCAAACUAUCCUCAUAGUUUCUCAAGAAAAAUGUCACGGUUGCUGCCACCCUGGCCAAUGUUUCUGCCAAAUGAUGAUGGAGAUAACUACAAAGAAUUCACCAUUUCAAUGCCUACUCUCAAAGGAUUGAAAAAAGCAGACUGUUCCUUUUGGUCUGAUUAUAUUAGAAGACUGAAAGCAUCCACGGGAAGCGAAAGUAAUGGAGAGCAAUCUGCAGAACUCAACUCUACUGAAGCUCCUAGCAAGGGACUUGCCUCCAGUGAGACCCAGUCAGUGGGAGACAAGGUGGCCUACAGCAGAUAGAAUGUGCUGUUAGAUGGGUUUGCCACAUUACUGUGCACCCAUGCAACUGAGUCGCGGCAGAUAAAACAGCUGCUUCCUUUAGCUAACCUGAACAACUGAAGUAGACGGUUCAGAAAACAUUUGAAUAUAGCACAAAAUAAGCCCAACAGCUAUUAUUCAGAAGAAACUGUAAUGUGAAAAAUGAAAUAUCAAUAAAAACAGCAAAAAUGAAACAAAAGUACUUGGACUUAUUUCUUGUGACCCAAACGCCUACGCAUUAUAGUACCUCCAGUCAGAAAUACAUAAGCUUUAAAACUUGAGAAAUCCCUCACUCAUAAAAAUAUGUAUAAGACCGUUUGGGUCUUAUAAUAUAACAUAAAGGAGAUAAUGCAAAACGUAAUUAAAGCUUAGAAUAUCCUGCCCUUGGAACAUUUAUCUUUUGCAAGGGGAUGUGUAAUACAGAGUAGUUUUGGAAGCAUAUGGUAAAGUGCAUUGUAGAUUAGCUCUAAAAGGCUCUGCAAGUAGUUUGAAUUGGGUAGUUAAUCCACUGCUGGGAUCAUUUGGCAACAGAUAAUUGGCUGUAUAUCACACAAUUGUUCUUGAUAACUAAGAAGAAGUGAAAUCAAGAAUGCCCUAAACCUAGUAGCAAAGUUUUCAUAAAUUUCAGUAGGACCUAUAUUUUUUUUUCAGUGUUGAAAGGAUUUAAUAAAAGAACCCGUAAGGCUUUGUUUGCUGCUUGGGACUUCUGCCAGUACGUGAACAGUUACUGCUGUCUGUCACUAAGCCAAGUUUCCAAGGAUUAUACCUAGCUAGAAGAAAAACUGUAUAUCUUAUACUUACAUUCUGUUUGAUAGACAAUAAAAACAAAAGAAUCAAGGAGCCUGUUAACUUCAUAAAAUGAAAGAGAAAUUAAACUAUGUUUUCUCUUAUCUUCUUAUAUGAUAACUGGUAAUUAAAAAAAAAAAGGAUUUUAAAAAGCCCAGAUCUUAAUCAUAUUGCUCAACAGAGAAUGCUUUCUUCGCAAUAACUGCAGAGGCAGUAGUUGUGAUUCCUUGGCCAAAGCAAGGUCCACUCUUUCUUCUUCUGAGAAUGUUCUUGGAAAAUCAGUGCCUGACAGAUUCUAUUUAAAACUUACUUUACCCUGCCAAAACCUCUUAUAUUAAUAACAGGUAUGAUUUCACAUGUGUUCACUUAUGCAGUCAAGCACAUACCUCCAGCCCUGGGAAGACCAUAGUUGAGUUACAGCUUUUCAUAUUCAUUUAAUAGUAACAUGGGUUAAAGAACUGUGGGUCUCUCUAGCACUAUUAACUAAUUUGCACAAUGUCAGCAUGCUGUUCACCCUUAGCUUAACCCUAACAGUCCUGUGAAUAUUUACUGACUGUGAUGAAUGAACCCAAUCCGCCAUAACUCCUGCUGAUGAGACAUUAAAAGGCUAUUGUAUAAACACUGGAGUACU